AUGACUGCACCUUCAUGCCCAACUGUCGUCAAUAAACUGACGCCGUGCUUGACCUACAUAAAAGGUGGCACCAACCCAUCCAAGAAUUGUUGUAAAGGUGCUAAGGACCUAAAUGAUUUGGCAAAAGCCAAACCAGACCGCGUAGCUAUCUGCAAUUGCAUAAAGCAAAUAUUGCCUGCCAUUGGAUCUUAUGAUCCUUCUCGCAUUGCUAGUCUCCCCAAAAAGUGUAACUUGUCUAUUAAUCUUCCUCCUAUAGACAAAAACUAUGACUGUUCCACGAUUUCUUUCCAAGCUUAUGAUCAAAAGUUUCAACAUCAUCUCUUGGUGCAGCUGCAGCAGAAACCACAUGCUGCAAUUGCAGUAAAAUAG